AACCUCAUGGUAGAAGAAACUGUUGGUGAUGGCUUUUCCUUCAAAACCAGAAGCAUUUUCAUUUCUCUGUGUCUCAUCAGAAAUGUGCUGUGAGGCUUACUGCUUGUCUGAAAUGAUAUUUAACCGAGCUUUAAGCGCUGCUGCUUCAAGGCGUUCCAGUGUAUGUGGCAUGUUGCUGUGAGCACUCAUCUCGAAGAAUCUAAAAUUAGUGCCUUUGAACUUGGACUUAGCAGAGUUGCCGUCUCUGGCCUCAGCGUUUGACAUGGUUUCCCAUUGUUUUCAGGAGAAAUUCGGUGCUACUGCGAUGCCGCCCAUUGCGUGGCGACUGGGUAUAUGUGUAAGUCUGAGCUCAGCGCCUGCUUCUCCAGACUUCUGGAUCCUCAGAACGCGAACUCCCCGCUCACCCAUGGCUGCCUGGACUCUCUCUCAAGCGCAGCAGACGUCUGCCGAGCCACACAGGCCCAGAACCACUCUGGCGGCAGCGCCGUGCCCUGGCUGGAGUGCUGUCAUGAAGACAUGUGCAAUUACAGGGGCCUGCACGAUGUGCUGUCCCCGCCCCGGGGCGAGGCCUCAGGACCAGGAAGCAGGUACCAGCACGAUGGGAGCAGAAACCUGAUCACCAAGGUGCAGGAACUGACUUCCUCCAGAGAGCUGUGGUUCCGGGCAGCCGUGAUCGCAGUUCCCAUCGCCGGUGGGCUGAUCUUAGUGCUGCUUAUUACGUUGGCCUUGAGGAUGCUCCGGAGUGAGAACAGGCGGCUGCAGGACCAGCGGCAGCAGAUGCUGUCUCGUUUGCACUACAGCUUCCACGGACACCAUUCCGAAAAGGGGCAGGUGGCCAAGUUAGACUUGGAGUGCAUGGUGCCGGUGAGCGGGCACGAGAACUGCUGCCUGACGUGUGACAAGAUGCGACAAGCAGACCUCAGCAACGAUAAGGUCCUGUCCCUGGUCCACUGGGGCAUGUACAGCGGGCACGGGAAGCUGGAGUUCGUAUGAGGGAGUCUUGCCUGAUCGGAACUUCCCAACGCUUGAAGGCCUUGUGUUCUGCCGGACAGGAGCACUUUAUCUGGAGACACCGACUCAUCUACUCACUCCCAAGAGGCCAGGUGACCUCUACAGACAGUCUUGGGAUUUCUUCUGAAGGAUUAUUUGCACAGACUCAAGUACAGUCAAAUGUAUUAUUUUCUUUAAAAUUAUAAAAAGCAAAGCAGAGACUAUGCACACACUGUUACCAGGGGUAUUUGUGUCCAGAGGAGCAGCGGUCGAGUACCUAAAUAAACGAACUGUGCUCUGUGUAAGCUCCUACAUCUUGAUCUGUUGUAAAGAUUUAAAA